AUGCAGGACCAGAUCAAUAAAGCGGCAAGAAUACCUGGAUGCCUAAGAGAAACCAUAUGGCGUAAUAAAUGUAUGAGGAAGGAAGCCAAGGUCGGAAUUUACAAAACCUGUGUUCGACCAAUCAUGACGUAUGCGGCAGAAACAAGAGCGGAAACCGAGAAAACCAAGAACAUGGCCCGCAGAGAUGCGGAUUCUCCGAAGACACUCGGAGACAGAGUACCCAACGUGAUGAUCAGGGAAACCCGCGAUGUUUCAGACAUCGUCAGAUGGGUAAGACAGAGAAGACGUGAAUGGAACGAUCACGUAUUCAGAAUGGGGGAAGAGAGAAUAGCAAGAACAGCAAGAGAUGGGAAACCAACAUCCAGAAGACCCCCAGGAAGACCCCCAAAGAGAUGGAUGGACAGUUGGACAUCCGGAUCACAAGAGACGAAUUAA